AGCCAGCCCAAUCGGCUGGAGAGUCUUGUGUGUGUUUGCCCUUUCCUCAUGACGUAGUGUCCUGUGCCUCUCUCCCCCCUUCUCCCUCUCCUUUUCCCCUCCCUCCUUCCAACUCCCCCUCCCCUUCCCCUCGCAUCCUUGGAAGCAACAAUUAAGCAGCUCUGGGAUAAAACACACUGCCUGCGGGAGCACGGGGGCAUUGCUUCAAGAGAUGGCAAGGCGGGCAGCUGCACCCCUCCUUCCCGGAGUCCUCCUCCUCUUCUCCAUCCUCCCGGCUUCUCAGCAAGGAGGGGUCCCUGGUGCUAUCCCAGGAGGGGGAGUUCCAGGAGCAGGCUUUUUCCCAGGUGCUGGGGUUGGAGGUUUGGGAGCAGGACUCGGGGCUGGAGCAAAACCUCUCAAACCAGGGGUCGGAGGCCUCGGGGGACUCGGCCCACUUGGCCUGCAGCCAGGUGCUGCAGGUCUCUUCCCUGGAGGCGCCUACCCCGGGGGUGUCUUCCCAGGUGCUCCCUCUGCCGCUGCGCUCAAGGCUGCUGCAAAAGCUGGUGCGGUGGUACCGGGCGGGGUGCAGCCCGGGGUUGGUGCGGCAGGGAAACCCCCCAAAGUACCAGGCGCUGGGAUUCCUGGAGUUUUCCCGGGUGGCGUGCUUCCUGGCGCAGGUGUCCGCUUCCCUGGCGUAGGGGUGCUACCCGGAGUACCCACUGGUGCUGGAGUCAAGCCGAAAGGUCCAGGAGCAGGAGCCUUCGCAGGAAUCCCUGGACUGGGAGGUUUUGGAGGUCAGCAGCCCGGUGUCCCUCUGGGGUAUCCCAUCAAAGCUCCUAAGCUCCCAGGUGGCUAUGGAUUGCCCUACAGCACUGGUAAGCUGCCCUACGGCUUCGGGCCCGGCGGGAUAGGAGCCGGCAUCGGGGCAGGAGGAAAGGCAGGGUACCCCACUGGGACAGGAGUUGGAGCACAGGCGGCAGCAGCGAAAGCAGCAGCAAAAUAUGGAGCCGGUGUCCUGCCCGGGGCUGGUGUCAUCCCGGGAGUUGGCGGAGUCGUACCUGGCGUUGGCGUUGUCCCAGGAGUCGGAGUUGGAGGGCCAGCAGCAGCGGCGGCAGCGGCAAAGGCAGCGGCGAAGGCAGGAGCUUUUGGUCCAGGCCUCGUGCCCGGGGUUGGCGGCGUCCCAGGCCUCGUGCCCGGCGUUGGUGUUGUCCCCGGCUUGGUGCCUGGUGUUGGAGGUGUCCCCGGGGUGGCAGGAGUUGCGACACCAGCAGCAGCAGCGGCAGCAGCAAAGGCAGCUAAGUACGGAGCUGGCAUCGGCGUUCCUGGCAUUGGUGGUGUCCCCGGUGUCCCCGGUGUCCCUGGUGUCCCCGGUGUCCCCGGUGUGCCUGGUGUGGCUGGAGUUCCUGGCGUGGUGCCCGGUGUUGGAGUGGGUGGCCCAGAAGCCGCGGCAGCCGCGGCAAAGGCUGCAGCGAAAGCCGCAGCGUAUGGAGCAGGGCGUGUGCCCGGUGUCGGCGUGCCCGGCGUGGGUGUGCCUGGAGUUGGUGUGCCUGGAGUUGGUGUGCCUGGUGUCGGAGUGCCCGGUCUGGUGCCCGGUGGGGUCGGAGGCAUACCAGGAGUUGGAGGUCCAGCAGCUGCCGCUGCUGCCAAAGCAGCCGCCAAAGCAGCAAAGUACGGAGCAGGUGGCCUGGCUCCUGGCGUGGGUGGCCUGGCUCCUGGUGUAGGUGCCCUGGCUCCUGGAGUGGGUGGCCUGGCCCCUGGCAUUGGAGGUGUCCCAGGGGUCGGAGGUCCGGCUGCAGCAGCAAAAGCAGCAGCAAAGGCAGCCAAAUUCGGUGCUGGGGUUGGAGGGGUGCCAGGUGGGGUGCCCGGUGUCGCUGGAGUGCCGGGAGUGACGCCCGGCAUUGGCGUUGUGCCCGGGUUGGUGCCGGGCGUGGGGGUACCUGGUACUGGUAUCCUUCCCGGGGCAGGCAUCCCCCAAGUAGGGGUGCAGCCUGGUGCUAAACCGCCCAAAUUCGGUGUUCCGGGGGCUGGAGUCCCAGGGGUCGGCGGCAUCCCAGGUGGCCUCGGAGUCGGUGGCCUCGGAGUCGGUGGCCUUGGAGUUGGUGGGCUUGGUGCUGGGAUCUUGUAUCCAGGAGCUGUUGGGAAACCUCCCAAGCCAGGGGCUGGAGUUCCCGGCUUUGGCGUGUCACCGAUAUUUCCAGGUGGAGUCGCCGGCCAGCUGGGAUUUGGUGCGAAGCCCCCCAAGACCUUCGGAGGAGCCCUCGGUGCCCUGGGCUUUAGAGGCGGCGUGGGCUGCGCACAAGGGAAGUACUGCGGGAGGAAGCGGAAGUAACCACUCGCUGUCAUCGAUGACCUCAUAAACUUUGGUGCUACUGCAUGGUCCAGAAUGUAAAUCCCAAGCAAAGCUGAGACACCCCCCCCCCAAACGCUGGAUUUCCCCCCCCCCCCAUCCCAGGGGCCAUCCCCGGCCCCAUGUUCCCAGGAGGGACCCCACACCUCCGGCAGUGCCUGUCCCCCCACCAGCCCCUCCAUCCUGGCAGGGAGCACGGAAUAAACUGCGGGGAGCAGCCAUCCCCCUUGGUGCUAUCGCUCCUUGCAGGAUUUGGGGGGGGGUGUCUUGGGGUGUCACACCCCCCCCAGCCCCAGAGCUGACCCCGUGGGGGGGGGGCAGGAUGAGGGGCACCCCACAUUGGAGGGAGGGAGGAAGGGAGGGUGGGAAGGGGGUCUCGGCAGCAGGGGGCUGCGCAGGGAGGGAUGUCCUCGGCGGCCUGGGCCCCCUCACCAGUCCCCGUGCUCCCCCCAGCCCGGGGGGACUGUGGGCAGGAGGGCCUCAGUCCCUUCAUGUUACUCACUUUGCUAUAACUGGGUGGGAUGCCCUAUAGAGAGGGACUCGCUUCCGACAGACUAAUAAAGGACAAGUUUUUAAAGGA